CUGCAGGUUAGAUUGGGGAGAGCAACGAAGACGAAAAGCCUGAAACCAGGACCAUAUCAGGAGUAAAAAUCAAACCAAUCCUUCACAAUGUUGAUGAGGUCCCACUCUGAAAGAAGAGCCCUCCCUGGGUUCUCAGCCUUGCUGUCCUCUAGUUUUUCCAAACAGUGGACUGUGACCUCUUCAUCCUCCUUGUCCUUCACCCCACAAAAACCUCUCUACACACCUCCAGCUCCUGCUUUGCCUCCUCCAUGGGUGACUCAGGCUCUUUCAAAUCUGGAGCAAGGAGAGCAAGAACUUCAGAGCCUCAAGGAGCGACAACAAGCUGAAGUGGAAGAGGUCAACCGGGAAUUGGACAACGCCAUGAUUGAGGCUCAGCGGGAAGAGCGGCGCCUUCUCACAAAAAUUGAGCAGGACCACAGGGAAGCCCAGCGACACCUCAGUCAAGUGAAAAGGGAGAAUGCUGCAGCUGUAAGGGUUGUCCAGUCACUUCUUGAUCAGCAACUUCGAAAAAUUGGACAGAUUAGGGAACAGAUUCAAAGAUGGGGAAGUACGGCUGGUGAAGCUAAUAAACAUCAAUUACAAAAAGGUGUUACGGAGGUCACUCAACCAUGGGAAAUCUCUUUAACCCUUAAAAGGGCUAUAUUCACACCAACUUUCCAAUCCAAAGCCUUAGAUUUUGGAGAAGUGGAGGUUCAUGAGAAGAGUAUGGCCUACCCUGUUGGUGUGUGUGGCUUCCAGGGACAGAAGUGCCCCUUACAUUCGGGUGAUAGAGCACUCUCAAACGUGAUUCCACUUGAAAUUCGAAAGGAACCAAAACCAGCAAGAGGUGGGAAAAGGUGCAGUGUAGAGGAGAACACCAGCAAGGGCUGCGUUGCCUAUAAGACCAAUCUGUCGAGCUCAACUGAAAACAAUGAAGAAAUAAAGUCCUCGAAGUCCCCAACACCAAGAUCCUACGGUAUUUCUGAGUCCUCCCAAGAUGAAGAUGCAGGAUCUGCGUGUUCUGACCUAUUCCUUGACAACCCACCGAUCUCCAGCCAAGGUGAAUCAGAGGGUGAUGAAUCAGAUGGGAGACAAAGUAAAACCAAGAGGCGCAUCACCAUGAAAGGCAAAAGAAGACACAAGGCCUUGGUCUCAUGUGAAGAAUUAUCCUACUCUCCUAAAGGAAGUGAGGACAAAAGCAGGGAUUCGUCUACAUCUCCAAAGACUACUCGCAAGAGCUUACUGUCCAAGCAAAGUCUUUCUAAAAGACAUCUCGCUCUUUCAGAACAAUGCCUCUUGAGAAAGAAGAGCUCAAACGAAUCAUCAGUGGACAGUGAAAGCCCUUCAUCUCCCAUUGAAAGUGAAGAUUCCUAUUCCACCUACACAGUUAACACUCCAAUUAAUGGAUCUCUGAAGCAAGAGCGCUGCCGUUCAUUGUCUACAACUGACCUCUCGAGCAAGUUACGCCCUUUGAUAAAUGGAAACAAGACCGAAUGUAGAAAAGUUAGAAAAGUCAACAGGUUACGUCUUACCUCUGAACCAUCAACUUUCAACAAACUAGAAUCUGACAAAGAAAUGGCAGAUUCUAUCAAGGUACCGUCUGCUACCCAAACCUGUGUUCCACAGAGUUUGAGUGUCAAACAAGUGAUCAGAUCUCAGUCUCUGUCAGCAAUUGAAGGUGAUGAGUUACAUGAACAUAAAGAACAAGAACGAUACAAGUAUGACAGUGAAGCAAUUUGGCCAGACUUGAAGAACACAAAGGAAGAUGGAGGUUCUACAGCUCUGGACUCAGCUUACCUUGUCAAGCAGUUUGGAAAACAAGGUUCUGGCCGAACUGACUUCAACCUGCCAAGCGGUGUCCAUGCAACCGUUAGAGGGCAGCUGUUUGUGGUGGACUGCGGCAAUGCUCGAAUUCAAGUGACGGAUCUCAACAAAAAUGUGGUACAACAAGUGUCUCCCUCAGGAUCAGAAAGGUCUUCCCGAAUCUGCAACUACUUUGACGUGGCGGUAAACUCAAAGGGACUGAUCGCCUUGACCUGCGCUGCGGAGCGAGCUUUGCUGGUGUUCAAUCGACACGGACGAUUCCUGCAAACGUUUGGAGGCACAGCGAUUGGUUCCACCAACGAGGGGCUGGAUGCUCCCAGAGGGGUCACCGUAACGAGUCAAGAUGAUUUCUUAGUUGCUGACAUCAAACGUGGCACCCUGACGGUUCUGAAACUGGACCCCAAAACUGGGGCCAGGUUAGAGCGCACGGUAGUAACUGGAUACCACAGACCCUACCUUGUAGCAGCCUGCCUUACAACUGGACUAAUGGCUAUAUCUGAACGAGGCAAUGAGUCUGGACGAGUUCCUUGCAUUCGAGUCCUGGAGCCUGGCUGGAACACUAUACAAAUCCUCGGAGUGUGCUCUGGGAUGGGGCCUGUCCUCACCUGCCCGUGGGGCCUUUGCAUUGACAGCGAUGGCGAUGUCUUGGUGGCAGACUGGGGCAAGGAGCGCCACUGUGUUUUUAUCUAUCCCUCCAAGGGGGUUGGGUGGCCUCUGGUGUCCGAAAAUCUCAACAGUCCACGGGGUCUCGCACUUCUCCCAGAUGGGCACGUGGUGGUGUCGGACAGCAUGAAUCACUGCGUCAAAAUCUACCGCUACAAGUGAACUUCUCAGUACAGUCAAGGCAGGACUAGUCAUAACCAAAUGCUACACUAAUACGAGUUGAAUUUGCCUCUAUCUCUACCUCUUUAAUGUUUAAAAUGUUUGUGUAGAAAACAAUUGAUAAUUUUGUCAUGGUUAAAAUAUAACGCAUUUUUCGCACUAUAAGUCGCUCUGGAGUAUAAGUUGCAGCAGUAAGAAUAUGCAUAAUAAAGAAGAAAAAACAGGUUGCUCUGGAGGAUAAGUCUCACUUUUAAGGAAAUUUAAUGAACAGAAUUUGGGACCAAGAACAGACAUUGCAUCUUGAAAGGUAAUGCUUAUAAGUGGAAUAGAGAGCAAAAGGCUUAAUAUCUGUAGUCUUCGCUAAAGUUACACGUGGAUGCCUAUUUAGCUACAUAGAUCAAAGUUGCUAAACAGUCAACCAAAACUCUCAAUAUCAUUUAUAAUCACUAAAUCCAUUCAGCCAACCCAAAAGUUAGACAAAAUGAUGCAUCUUCUUUUGCAAGGCUGUAAUCAGACUCUGCAUCAGUUCCAAAGAUUCUUGCCUUUCCAGAUCAAUUUCUGGUGGAAUAUUUCAAAACUUGCAGUUUGCAAUUUUCAGAAUAAAUUUAGAGAGCAUUUUUUUUGUUCAGUCUUUCUAAAUUGUCUUUAUAGGUUAGUAGUAUCGUUAAAAUUUUACAUUUUAGUGGAAUUAGAGUAACAGAUACUGAUACCAUUGGCUGUUUAUACAGAACUGGACUGAACUAGUGAGACGUCUCCCACAGAAAAUGACUUAGAUUGUGUCCGAAUUCCCCCUAAUCACUAUAUAGUGUGUUCGCCAUUUUCUAGUGUGUCCGAAUCUACUAAUUCCAAAAUCGAGUGCACUCGAUAUUUCCCAGAAGUCUUUGCG